GGCGCCUCAAUGAAGAGCGCUCACUCCUGCCUGGGGCAGUCUGAUCACAGCUCACAGACGUUGGAACUCUUGUACAGACUUGGGAAAGGAACUUCAGAAUGGUUUAUGCUAAGAGCUGGAUCCUGAAGAAGCACUUAGAAGGCAGCCCCACUCAUGGUAACUUUGAGUUGAAGACAGUUGAACUCCCACCCUUAAACAAUGGAGAGGUCCUGCUGGAAGCUUUGUUUCUCACUGUGGAUCCUUACAUGAGAGUGGCAGCCAAAAGAUUGAAAGAGGGUGAUAUGAUGAUGGGGCAGCAAGUGGCCAGAGUUGUGGAAAGUAAAAACUCAGCCUUCCCAACAGGAACUGUGGUAGUGGCUUCUUCAGGCUGGACAACUCACUCCAUUUCUGAUGGGAAAGAUCUGGAAAAACUGCCUGCAGAGUGGCCAGACACGUUACCAAUGUCUUUGACUCUGGGAAUAGUUGGCAUGACAGGGCUAACAGCCUACUUUGGCCUACUUGACAUCUGUGGUGUGAAGGGUGGAGAAACAGUGAUGGUUAAUGCAGCAGCAGGAGCAGUGGGCUCUGCUGUGGGUCAGAUAGCUAAGCUCAAGGGCUGCAAAGUUGUUGGAGCGGCAGGGUCUGACGAAAAGGUUGCCUACCUUAAAAAGCUUGGAUUUGAUGUUGCCUUUAACUACAAAACAGUAGAGUCUUUGGAAGAAACUUUGAAAAAAGCCUCUCCUGAUGGUUAUGAUUGUUAUUUUGAUAAUGUAGGUGGAGAGUUUUCAAACAUUGUUAUUCCCCAGAUGAAGAAAUUUGGAAGAAUUGCUAUAUGUGGGGCCAUCUCUGUAUAUAAUGCUACUCGCCCACUUCCCCCAGGCCCACCCCCAGAGAUUAUCAUCUAUCAGCAACUCCGCAUGGAAGGGUUCAUCGUCACCCGCUGGCAAGGAGACGUCCGCCAGAAGGCUCUGAAAGACUUGCUGAAAUGGGUCUUAGAGGGUAAUAUCCAGUACCAUGAAUACAUCACUGAAGGGUUUGAAAACAUGCCAGCUGCGUUUAUGGGAAUGCUGAAAGGCGAAAAUUUGGGGAAAACAAUAGUGAAAGUAUGAAAAAAAAAAAAAAAAGAGACACAUGGAAUCUGGAACUCAUUUGGAUGAUUACCACAGGUCUUUUUAACCAUUUAGUAAAAAUAUAUACUACCUUCAUUAUCUAAGAAAUUGUAAUCAGUUUGAUCUAUCUAAUAAAACACAUUUAAGUGGUAUGUAA